UAUGUCGAUGGCACCAUCCCAAUGCAUUCCCCCACUGUUGAAGGCAACGUUAACCCGAAGUAUACAAAAUGGGUCCUCCAAAAUCAGUUAGUUCUCUCAGCCAUAAACUCCUCCCUCACCGACACUAUUCUAGCCAAAGUUCUUGAGUGUUCUACCUCAUGCGAGGUCUAGACAACACUACACAAUCUCUUCUCUGCCCAAACAUUUGCCCACAUUAUGCAAACUCAAUAUCAGAUAGCCACUCUAAAGAAAGGAUUGGAAUCCAUCACCGAUUACUUUCACAAAGCAAAAACACUAGCAACGUCUCUUAGUGCCGCUGGACAACCCCUUUCCCCCUCUGAAUUCACCAUCUACCUUCUAGUUGGUCUAGGGUCUGAUUAUGAGUCCUUGGUCACUUCAAUCACCACACAGCCAGACCCACUUUCCUCCUCACAAAUCAAUAGCUAUCUUCUUAACCAUGAGUCAAGAUUAGCCAAUCAAACACAAUCUCUCCUCUCCAGUGCUCCACAUGUUGCUAACACUACCAUCACCAGCCCCUCGUCUUCAUCCACCCCACCUAACAGAGGUCGUGAGUGUGGGUUUAGACGAGGAAGAGGUGGUGGUUGUGCUGGCUUUCACCCACUUCCCACUUUCUUUUCUAAUCCUUCUACUCACAGACCCACCUGCCUGGUUUGUCAUAAAUCAGGCCACACAACUUUGUCCUGUUAUCAUCGCUUUAAUCAAGCAUAUCAGGCCUCAGCUCUACCAUCUCUUACUGCCAAUUAUAUAGCCCUUCCAUCUUCAUCAGCUCAUUUCACUAACUGGUUUCCUGAUACAGUAGCCACAAAUCAUUGCAUGGCUUAUUUCUCCAAUCUCAACAUAGACUCCACUCUUUAUCAAGGCACCGAUCAAGUCAACAUUGAAGCUGGUUCCACCCUUUCUAUUCAAAAUACGGGCUCCGCUCAUCUUUAUACACCUUUUGGUGCUUCUUCAGGGAUCCGUUAGGAAUGGCCUUUAUGUUCUUCCAUCUGAUGUCGAGGCCUCGUCAACUUCCUCUCCUUCAAUGCCUCCACACCAAGCCCUCAUUGGUGAAAGAACAUCUUCUCAAAUAUGGCAUUCACGCCUAGGCCAUCAUUUCCCUCGCAUUACCUCCCUCAUGAUUAAGAAAUUUCAACUUCUUGUCACUACCAAAUUUGACACUUCCUUUUGUGUCGCAUGCUCCCAAGCCAAGUCACAUGCUCUUCCUCACCCUCAUCCUCCCUCCCAUUCAAAAUAUCAUUUUCAGCUUCUAUUUCUUGAUGUAUGGGGACUAGCGCCUGUGCUAUCCUCUAAUAGAUUUCAAUUUUACCUUUCUGUUGUAAAUGACUUUACGAAAUAUAUCUGGUUAUUUCCUUUACAUGCCAAGUCUGAUGUCCCUACUAUUUUUCUUUCUUUUCUUCAUUAUGUGAGUAAUACCUUUUCAUCUAGUGUAAUCUUUAUUCAAACUGAUUGGGGAUGAGAGUUUUAGCCCCCCCCACACGUUAUUUCAAUCCUUUGGCAUCUCUCAUUAAAUUACGUGUCCUUUCUCGUAUGCUCAAAAUUGUAGUAUUGAGAGACACCAUCGUCACAUCGUUGAAACUAAACUUUCCCUCCUAGCCCAUUCCUCCAUUCCUAAUAAAUACUGGGUUGAAGUCUUUCAAAUAUCUGUCUUUCUUAUCAAUCACUUGCCCACACUGAUUCUACAAAAAAUUUCCCCUUUUUAAGCCUUAUUUCACCAUCCACCGGAUUAUUCAUUUUUACGUAUUUUGGCUCGACCUGCUGGCCCAAUUUACGGCCUUUUAAUCGUCAUAAGAUAGAUCUACAUUUGCAACUUUGUGUCUUCAAGGGCUAUAGCCCAUAUCAUAAAGGCUACAAUUGUUUUCACAUUCCAACAUGCGGACUUACAUUUCCCCGUGAUGUAUGAUUUAAUAAACUCUGUUUUCCAUUCGCUUCAGCAUCCAACCCACUACGUCAGCCCAACUCGGUUAAUACUCCCACUACCAUCGCCACUCAUCCCUCAAAUCAUGAGCCCAUUCACUCUAAUCCCCAAGACCAUCCCACGACAUUAGACCCACCCGAUCCUUCUUCAUCCCCUUCCUCUCUCACAUCGCAGAUCCAUGCCUCCAUAAACCCUAUGGAAUCCUCCUCCCCAUCUUCAACCUUGACUUCUCCUAUCGCCUCUCCCACCUCACCCAUCACGACCCAUCCCAUGCUCACUCGCUCCGAAGUCAAUAUUCGUCGACCCUUACUCAGAUCUGAUGGAACCAUUCCAUGGCCUCCCCCCCAAACCCUCCAUCUCACUGUCUCCGUGUCACCAGCCAUCCUUGAGGAGCCCUCAUCUUACAUCAAAGCCUUAAAAUUUCCUAAAUGGUGUGCUACCAUGUCCAGUGAGUUUCAAGCCCUCUUCCACAAUCAGACCUCUCACACUAAAUCUCAAUAUUAUUGGAUCCAAGUGGGUACUCAAGACCAAGCAGCAUGUUGAUGGAACUCUUGAAUGUCGCAAGGCUAGUCUUGUCUCCAAAGGAUUCCACCAGCAAGCUGGUCUUAAUUACACAGAGACUUUCAGCCCCGUCGUAAAAAUAGUCACUAUUAGACUUCUAAUCUCCAUUGCCUUGACCCGUAGCUGGCCUCUCCAUCAGUUGGACAUUCAAAAUGCUUUCCUACACUGUGAUCUGGAGGAAGACGUCUUUAUGCGACAACCAACUGGGUUUGUGAAUCCAGACUUUCCUCAUCACGUUUGUAAAUUACGUAAAUCCAUUUAUGGUCUAAAACUGGCCCUUAGGGCUUGGUUUUCCGAGUUGAGUUCAAAGCUGCUCUCAUUAGGUUUUCAUGGUUCAAUCUCAAAUUCAUCAUUGUUUAUUUUCUCUACAACAUCAGAUUCCAUUUAUGUUCUAAUUUAUGUUGAUGAUAUCAUUGUUACAGCUUCUAACCUUGCUCUGAUUAAUGACUUUAUUUAUGCUCUUCGGUCAGCCUUUCCUUUCAAGGAUCUUGGCACGUUACAUUAUUUUAUAGGUAUUGAGGUUAGUUGUAGUUCCACUAGUUUGUUCAUAUCUUAAUCUCGUUAUAUCUUUGAUUUAUUAGUUAGGACCAACAUGCAUAAUUCAAAACCAGUGUCUACUCCUAUGUCCACUUUCGCCAAGCUCACUGCCCUUGCUGGCUCUUCCUUUGAGGAUUCUUAACUCUAUCCCAGUGUUGUAGGUAGCCUUCAAUAUCUUGCCUUUACUAGACCCGACAUCUCUUUUGUUGUAAAUAAAGUGAGUCAAUUCAUGCAAUGUCCUCGUCUUCCUCAUUGGCAAGCUGUCAAGAGGAUUCUACGUUACUUUCGUUUAACUACUUCUUUUGGACUUCAUUUUUCUUCUACCUCUUCUUUGAAAUUCGCUGCCUUCUCUGAUGUUGAUUGGGCUGGCUAUCCUGAUAAUCGUAAAUCCACUGAUAGUUUUUGUGUCUAUUUUGGCUCGCAUCUUGUUUCUUGGAGCUCUAAGAAGCAGCCCACUAUAGCUCAAUCCUCUACUGAGGCAGAAUGCAAAGUUGUGGCUAACACUACAUGUGAACUUUUAUGGUUACAAUCCUUGUUGAAAGAAUUAGGCAUUUUUCUUAUUGAUCCACCAAGCUUGUGGUGUGACAAUCUUGGCGCCACAUAUAUUUUUGUUAAUCUAGUUUUACAUUCUUGAACUAAACAUGUUGAUCUUAUUUACCAUUUUGUGAGGGAUCGUGUUGCUGCUAAAGCUCUUCAAGUCUCUUUCGUGUCAAGCAAAGAUCAAGUUGCUAAAAUACUCACUAAGUCACUCUCCACAGCAAGGUUUUCUCUUCUCCGCUCAAGCCUCACAAUCUUUCCAAUGCUGCUUGAGUCGUGGGGGGCUAUCAAGGCUCACAAUUUCUCUGCCUCAGAUGAGUAUACCUGAAAGGAGGAUUUUAACAAACUCGACUCCAAGGCAGUGGCAGCAAAUUUGACAUAACGAACUUCAUAUGGUGGAAUAUUACAAAAGAAUCUAGAAGGAUCUUUUAUAACAAGAUUGCUAAGGUGUAUGGCAUAGAUUCAACAAGUGCAUGUAAUGGUUGUUUGGAAAUGAUCUAUAACUACAAGGAAUUAUUGUAAGAUUAUAUUGAGGAAAAACAGAGGCCAUACAAAUAUAUUUGUGAAAUGAAUAUAUCUGAAAGAAGC